GUCUGGGUAUAUCCGCGACCUCUUGGGCACAGAGUACAUGGUCUACGAUUUGCUGUUGGCCCCAGCAGAUUUCGGACAAACUGCCAUGGCCAGACCUCGUCUUUUCACAGUGGCAUAUCGCAAGGACAAGGUCCAUGUGGUCACAAGCCCCGAACACGUUUUGCAGGAGAUUUGCCGGGUAGUUCACGCAAAUAUCGACAAGCAUCUGUCCAUUGCAGAUUACUGUUCUUUCACCCCUGUGGACGUGCUGCUCAAGGAGGAGAACCGGCUGCGUGCCAGGAUGAAGCUCCCGGCGGUGACACAUGUCAGCGAUGAUUGGAGCCCGGUGCUGUCCACCUUUGAAGCCAGGACCGCUUUGAGCUUGGCUAUUUCUUACACGUAG